GAGAUACAUAUUUAUCCCCGUCCAGUCAACUGUUGCCCUUCUGAUUGUUAACAUCCCAAUAAAAAUUUCUUCACGUUACCAUAACAACCAAGAAAAACAAGCCUGGACUCCGUUCUAAAUCUAAGAUGACAUCCUUCAAGGAUUUUAGAGAAGUGUUUGUGCUGGCAAUUUGCAAUAUGAUUCUGGGACCCGUAACUUUUAUCUGGGGAGUCUAUCCGGACCUUAAAGCUUACAUGGAUAAUUGGGGCGUCAACCAUUCAAACGAGAAGGAGCUAGAGCUAGCACUGCAAUAUAAUCCGCUUGUAUGGGGCUAUGGUUUCCUGAUAAGCUGCUCCUUUAUUUCCGGAUUGUGCGCUUUUUUGGCAAUCACCGUAUUCUGCAACGACUGCGAUUGGGAGAUCAAAUUGGGAAACGCGGCAGCCUACUUGGCGAGGGCGUUAGUCUGCCUAAUUCCUGUGUUGCUGUUCUACAACCAUGAUCCGCUGAAGUGGGGGACGCGGGAGAUGUUUCUGGGGAAAUUGGGAGAGAUUAAGUUGCCCAUCUUUACUUGUUUGUAUUGUAUCGUGGUGCAAUACUUUUUUGCGAGUCAGGUUGUUAAAUUUGUUGUAGAGGCGCAAAAUGUGGCAAAAUUUCAACAAGAAGAAGAAGAAAGAAAAAAGAAGGUGGGUAGAAAAAGAAAGAGCAAGUGAAUUCUGGAGAAAUUUAGGUAUGUACUGAUUUAAAAUAUGUGUGUAAUUGUGAUCGAGAAUUCCAGCUUGUUCGGUAUAAGAUUAUGGGUUUAAUUAUUUAAAUCCUGUGUGUGAUGUAAAAAUUUAAGUUUAUUUAAAGACACUCAAUAUUCCAUAAGACUUAUCAAGAUUAAUUAUAUACUGCGUAAAUAUCUAAUUUCGAUGGUUUAAAAAUCUGUAUUCGUGUAUUAAUUAAGUAAUUAUUUAAGUAAUUUUUAAGCAAUAAUUAUGUACUUUUCGCUGGUGUAAAGUCGAAUAAAAAACUGUCCAGUUUGCUAAUUAGAUAUACA